UUGCCAAACAACCAUAUAUAUAAAACUGGUAGGGGGAGGAUAUUAAGGUAUAUAAAUACUGAGAUGUGUUACAGAAGAGGCGGGCCUUUGCUAUUGCCCACAUUGUAGUCCCUUUCCCUUACAGUACAAAUUCAAUACCUUCUCCUCUGUUUUCCUGCAUCCCUUAAUAGAGUGGAAGCCAUGGAAACUUCCCAGCCCCUCUCCAUUGAAAGCUUUUCUUAUAGUUGGUUAGUAAACCUAAAGCCUUCUUUAGAAAGUCUUGACAGCUCCCUGAGGGCCUCACUUGAUGCAUGUGAUGAAGCUUCCUUCAUUGAGAUGGACCCGAGAAUGCCACCCUCCAGGAGAUUCUUCAGAAAUUCUCAAGAUUUUAAGUUUGACUUUCCCAUCUCACAAACUCCUCUCACCCUUGUUCAUGCAGAUGAGCUGUUUUCCAAUGGUUAUGUCAUGCCUUUCUUUGUUAACCCUUUGAAGAUGGAGGCAUAUGAAGUCUCUAAUUCAACUUCAACCCUGCCUACCUCUUCACAUGCACCAAACCUUGUGGUUCCGGCUUGUAAAACAAGCCAUCCUUCUUUAAGAAGGUGUCGAAGAUUGUCCAAGCGAAUAUUUUUGAAAUACUUGGAUUUUCUCAGGCCAUUAUACAGAAGAAUUCGAGGACGCAAGUCAAGUGGUAGAGCUGAAAGUGUUGAUGCAAGAGUUCAGGUAAUGAAGAAGUGGGUAUAUUCGGCAGAAACAUCUCCUCGAGUAAGUGUUGCCUACUCCGCUGAUGAGUGGAGAAAGUCUUGUGAUUCUGAAAGCUCAAUUUAUGAGGCAGUUCUGCAUUGCAAAAGAUCAAUCGGAAAAUGAAUGGAGGAGGAUCCGUCUCAAAUGCACAUGGGAGAGAGGAAAUGGGAGGGUAUCUGCCACUUGUUAUUUGUCCUCUUUCUUCUCUUCUUUUUGGGGGUGACAAUGUACAUUUGUCCUGUUAAAGCUGUGUAAAUGGUUGGUUGGCCAUGGAAUUCUGGCCUGAUGGGGGGGAAAAGACCUGUGCCCUAUUUCGAAAUUUUGUUUUUGUCUUUUUCUUCGAAAGAGUAGGACUAACAACUUAAAGGAAUCCUCUCCUUUAUUUCUGUAAAGUUCUGAUUUAAUGAAAAUAAGGAUUAUUUUAUUGAGGGCACAAUA